AUGUUGUCCAGAAACUUGCGUUUGGCUGCCCUUCCAAGAAGACUCUUGAGCUCGUCCUCCAGAAGACUUGCAGAUGUGCUGGUAACCAUCGACGGAAAGACCGUUGAGAUCGAAGCCGGCUCGUCCAUUAUCCAGGCUGCAGACAAGGCCGGUGUUGUCAUUCCAAGAUACUGUUACCAUGAGAAGUUGGCCAUUGCCGGUAACUGUCGUAUGUGUCUUGUCGAUGUCGAGAGAAUGCCCAAGUUGAUCGCCUCGUGUGCCAUGCCGGUGCAAAACGGUAUGAUUGUUCACACCGACUCUGACAGAGUCAAGAAGGGUCGCGAGGGUGUUACCGAGAUGUUGUUGGAGAACCAUCCAUUGGACUGUCCAGUCUGUGACCAGGGUGGUGAGUGUGACUUGCAAGAGCAGUCGCAAAGAUACGGUUCUGACAGAGGUAGAUUUACCGAGGUCAUGGGUAAGAGAGCCGUCGAGAACAAGGCCAUCGGUCCUUUGGUCAAGACUUCCAUGAACAGAUGUAUUCACUGUACCAGAUGUGUGCGUUUCAUGAACGACGUGGCUGGUGCUCCUGAAUUGGGUACUGCCGGAAGAGGUAACGAUAUGCAAAUUGGUACCUACAUCGAGAGAAACAUCAACUCCGAGAUGUCCGGUAACAUCAUUGACUUGUGUCCUGUUGGUGCCUUGACCUCCAAGCCAUAUGCAUUCCGUGCUAGACCUUGGGAGUUGAAGAGAACUGAGACUAUCGAUGUUAUGGACGCUGUUGGAUCCAACGUUCGUGUGGACGCCCGUGGUAUUGAGGUCAUGAGAGUUAUGCCUAGACUCAAUGAUGAGGUCAACGAGGAGUGGAUCUCUGACAAGUCUCGUUUCGCUUGUGACGGUUUGAAGACCCAAAGAUUGACCACUCCAUUAGUCAAGGUUGGUGACUCUUUCCAAACUGCUACUUGGGAUGAGGCCUUGUCCACGAUAGCUUCUGCUUACCUGAAAGUGGCUCCUAAGGGAGAUGAAUUCAAGGCUGUUGUCGGUGCUUUGGUUGAUGCCGAGUCUAUGGUUGCCUUGAAGGAUUUGACCAACAAACUCGGUUCCGAAAACACCGUCACUGAUGUCAAGCAGGCCACUGAGGCUCAUGGUGUUGAUGUCAGAUCCAACUACGUAUUCAACUCCACCAUUGACGGUAUUGAGGAUGCUGAUCAAAUCUUGCUUGUCGGUACAAACCCAAGACACGAGGCCGCCGUCUUGAACUCCAGAAUUAGAAAGGUCUGGUUGAGAUCUAACUUGGAAAUUGCCCAAGUUGGUCAACAAUUUGAAUCUACUUUCGAGGCUGAGAACUUGGGUACCUCCGCCAAGGACUUGAAGAAGGCUUUGUCCGGUGCUUACGGAAAGAAGUUAGCUGGCGCUAAGAACCCAUUGAUUAUUGUUGGUUCUGGUGUUGCUGAAUCCAAGGAUGCUAACGCUAUCUACGGUAUUGUCGCCGACUUUGCCUCCAAGAACAAGAACUUCAACAGCGAGAGCUGGAAUGGUGUUAACUUGUUGCAUCGUGAAGCUUCUCGUGCUGCUGCUUUGGAUGUUGGUUUCCAAAACAUUUCCGACUCCAAAACCGCUCCUAAGUUCAUUUACUUGCUCGGUGCCGAUGAGGUCAAGGGCUCUGAUAUUCCUAAGGAUGCUUUUGUCGUCUACCAGGGUCACCAUGGUGACGCUGGUGCCUCUUUGGCUGAUGUCAUCUUGCCAGGUUCCGCAUACACCGAAAAAUCUGCUACCUACGUCAACACCGAAGGUAGAACCCAGACCACUAGAGCAGCAACCAAUGCUCCAGGCGUUGCUCGUGAGGACUGGAAGAUUCUCCGUGCUUUGUCCGAAUACUUGGGCGCUACUUUGCCAUACGAUGAAUUGUACGCUGUUAGAGAAAGAAUGGCCGAAAUCGCACCACACCUUGUCAGAUACGAUGUCAUUGAGCCAACCAGUGAGCUUGUUGCAUCUCUUGGUCUCAAAGAUAUUAUCAGCAGACACGGCGCUGCAAAGAUUGCUGGUGAUGCUUUGAAGAACCCAAUCGACAACUUCUACUUCACAGAUGUCAUUUCGAGAUCUUCGCCCACUAUGGCCAAGUGUGUUUCGUCGUUUGGUGCUAAGAUUGACAAAAUCAAGGAUCCUAAGCCAGAGAUCAGUAUCGCUUAA